AUGCCGCUUUGUCUCACAUUCAUCGACUUGAAGAAGGCCUUCGACUCAGUUGAGACGGAAGCGGUCGUGGAAGCCUUGGAGAACCAAGGCGUCCCUACUCAGUACAUAAAGGUUCUUCGAGAGUUGUACAGUAACUUCACGAUCGGAAUUUCGCCAUUCUACAAGAACAUCAUCAUUGACGUGAAGAGGGGAGGUCCGACAGGGUGA